CUUUCAUUGCCGCCACAUAAAAGCACCCCGCGUUUGACACGCGCCCCUGAGCUAGCUACGACGACCACUCUCAGCCAUCUUAUUGCGCCAGAGAGAUACGCCCGUGGCAGCCAACUUCAGCGGCCCAUUGCUCACGCCAUCUCUGCUGGCGUGGCACAGCUCGGGCGGCAGCAUCUCCAGCUCCUCGCACCGCAGGCCACCAACACCCUCACACAAAUCCUUCACACCUUCGAGGCUCAACGCAAACGGCGGCCCGCCCUGACGCACGCAACGCACAGCACACAAAUGGGGAGUGUGACUUGAAUGGCAUAUCUCUCUCAUGUGUCACCUACCUCCUUGUUGCAGAUAGCGAAGAUGGCGACCAUCAGCAGCCCGCUGUCCUUAAGCAGCGAGUGCAUGCGCUUCGCCCACGCAUCCUGACACAGACACACAAUAAGCAUCGGGCAGCCGUCCAAGCAGGUGUGCAUUUCUCACUCUCAUGUCUGGGUGAAUAGCGCAGAGGAACGUGUAGUCGAGUAUGAAGUCCACCACCCCACCCAUCCACGUCAGGUCAGAAGCCACCUCAGGUAUAUCGAGGCCAAUCACCUCUAGUGGCGGGUCAGACAGCCCGCCCAUGUCAUGCCCACGACCUGAAUGAAUGAGUGAGUGAAUGAGUGUGUGUAAGGCACCACACCAGCGUAUGUGUCAGCUGCUUGUGUGCGAGAGUAUGCUGACCGCAUCCCGACACGAGUGCCUCUGCGUUAAAGACCACACCGUCGGCCACAUACUUGACCAACACGUGUCGGGCGCCACAACGAGCCGCCCUCUGCAAGCAAGCCAAACAGACGGACGGACAGAUCAUCACGUCAUGUAACAAAAUGAAUUUCAUUGAGUGAAUCAGUCCCCCACCUCCCAUAAUGUUCCAUCGCGAUGGCGUUGUCAGCGGCCUUGCCUUGGUCGCCGCCGCCUCUCAGUCGGGCCAGAUCAGGCAGCAGGACGGCAGCAUGCUGAUGUGUCGCCCUGGUCCGUCUUCGGAACGAUGGGCGGGGGACGGGCUCGUGUGGGCGGCUGGCCGAUGGCGGGAGGCCGGGCGAUGACUGUGGUGAGAUGGAGAUGGAUGCGCCAUUUGCGAGCAGGACGGACGCCGUGGCUGGCAGAGAUAACAGCUUCAUUUGACAGAUGGCUGACGAGGAUGAACCAGGCUGCGGAUCUGCUUGACGAGAGGGCAAUGAAACGCACAAG